GAACUGUGCACUCUCGCGAUACUGUGAAACAAUUAGCAGCAGCUGUGCCUAGGAGCUUGUUUGUUGGUGGAAGGUUUGAAAUGUCAACGAAAGGAAUACAUUUCCACCACAAAGCAUCCUGACCUGCUGUCUCCAUGACGACCCCUCCUCUAGUGCCUCCUUUUGUUGGUCAACCACCUCUACAGCAGCAGCAGCAGCAGACCCAGGCUCCUAGAGAUGUCAACACGUCUUCACUGUGCCGCAUCGGUCAGGAGACUGUCCAAGACAUUGUCCUCAGGACAAUGGAGAUAUUUCAGCUUCUCAGGAACAUGCAGCUGCCUAAUGGAGUGACAUAUCACCCCAACACCCAUCAGGACCGACUGGCAAAACUUCAAGAGCACCUACGGAUGCUUUCUGUUCUUUUUCGAAAGCUGCGUCUGGUCUAUGACAAAUGCCACGAGAACUGCGCUGGGCUGGACCCCAUUCCCCCAGAGCAACUGAUACCCUUUGUGGACGAUGAGGGCUCCAAACACGAGGACCGUUCGGGCGGGCAGAGCCAACUCACCAGCGAGGAGAGGAGAGAAAUCCUGGAAGUCAACAAGAGGCUGAAGCAGAAGAACCAGCAGCUAAAGCAGAUCAUGGACCAACUGCGGAACCUCAUCUGGGAGAUCAACUCCAUGCUGGCCGUUCGCAGCUGAGGACGAAGGACGGCGACGUGCAGGUCGUAAACCGGACAAAGGCCGACUGCACUUUACAUGAGAAGCGGGAACUUUGGCAAUAUCAGCUUGGCUCCGAAUGAAGGUUGGAAACCACAGAAGAAGGAGGAAGGGUUGGAUGGCAGAAACAGUUCUGUCUACCUCUAUAAUCUAUAAUCAAAUCAGCAUUAUUUAACUGAAAGAUCAAAUACCUUUUAUGUAUCUGUAGCUACAGGCUAGAUGAAGAAAUAUUAGAUGUAUUUAAUCAGACUAUACCUCUGACUUUGAGGGGAAUGACGAGCAACACUGUGGCAAAAAAUGUAUUAACGGCUAAUCAUAAUGUCUGUAUUCAAUGUAAUCUCUGUGCUUCUCAUCAAACAUCUCAACCUUGUUAAAUGAUCUGCUGAACUAUAAAUCUUUUUGAGAUUUCAGAGAAAA